GGUUGGGGAUUGGUGUGUGAAAACAGGAACCCUCCAAAAAGCUUCUCUGAACAUUUUUGCUUUCUGUUUCGCUCUGAUUUGUUCAUCGGCUUCCUUUUUCUCUGCCUCCAUUGUAGUGUAAUCAGAAGCUCCAAAAGUCAAGAAUCCGUUGUUUUCUUCUUCUUCUUCUUCUUCUUCAUCAUCAGUUUGGUGGCUGCUUUUUAGUGUACUUCGUAUGGAAUCCUCUGAUUAUUUGUGCAGAAACAGUGGCCAAAUCCACGUUCAGCACCACCAAAUCCCGGCGUUUGGCGACUGGGAUAAGGCCAGGGAUUUGCCGAUUACUCAGUAUUUCGAAACUGCUCGUCAGGCUGGUUUGAUUCACUACAGUUCCUCUUCCGGCGAAACCGGUCCCUGCCUUCCUUCUUCCGAUUUGUACUCCGUCGAUCGCAAAAAGCCUCCGCUCUCAGCCGCCGCACGCAAGGCACGAGUGACGGAAAAGCGUUACCCGCAAGUGGGAUUAAUAAAGGAACACCAGACGCCAUUAAAGAAGCAACAAGGUAGAGUGUUCGACGUGACGGAAACGGGAGGAGCGCGAAAAUUCAAGCAGAACGACGUGUCGAUCCCACGUCGUCCACCUAAAUCUAAUGCUACUAAACCACCCAGACCUGUCGAUGAAGAUCUCUACAAAAUCCCACCAGAGCUGCUCCAUUCUUCAAAGCGGAACAAAAUGAAGGGCUUAUUUUCAAGGUGCUUGGUACCAUCUUGCAAUUGAGGAAUGGUUUGAAUCUACCUUCUACUGGAAGAGAUGCACGGGUUCUCUAAAUUAUCAU